GACGUCAUCACUCUACGACGCUUCCUCCCAUAAACGAAAACAAACGCAGCAAUCCCUACCGAAAAUGCCGGUGUGUAACUUUUUUCUCCAGGGGCGUUGUCGUUAUGGCGAAAAAUGUUGGAAUGAACACCCGAGAGGAGGAGGAGGAGGUGGUGGUGGAGGAUACAACAACAGCUACAACCGCUCCUCGGCUCCGCAGCAGUCCAGAGGAGGUGGUGGAGGGUUUGGAAACAAGGUUUGGGUGAAUCCCUCUCAACAAAAAGGAGGCUUCGGCCAGCAAGCGUCCCCCCGUGGGAAUGAUCAGUGGGGUGGGAGAGGACGUGACGUGAAGAGCUCCGACUUUAGCUUUGCUUCUUCAAACAGAUUUUCGACACUCAACAACCACGACGACUAUGAAAGGGGGGGAAGAGGGGGAGGAGGAGGAGGAGGAGGAGCGGCACCAGGUGAAGAAGAUGAUGAACAAAAACUGGAGAUCAUUCAAAGUGACAUGAAGGUUUGGGAGAGCUCUGGCCAGUGGGGUUUUUCAUGUUAUAGUGGCUUCAAGGCACCAUUAUCCGGUUUUACUGACCUAUCUCCAGAAGAGCUGAGGCUUGAAUAUUACUCCUCCAAAGCAUCUGGAGAGCUGCAGAGUUAUCUCAAUGGUGUCAAUCAGUUGCUCACUCAGUGGAGAAACAGAGUCCAGGAGCUGAAGAUAAUGAAUCAAUCUACUCGUGUGGCUUUGCUUGCAGAACUGAGAAAUCCAGCACCUCAGAGAUCGUCAAGUGGCUUUGGCUCAACACCAAUUGGAUUUGGGUCCUCUUCCUUAGAUUUCGGUAGUAAAGGGUUUGGAGCACAACCCCCAGCCCAAGCAAGUAACUUCAGUUUCGCCUCCCCAGCGGGUGGAUUUGGUUCCUCAGCAGCCCCCGCUUCCUGCCCAACUUUCGGCAGUGCCAUCCCAGCUACGACACAGCCACCCUCUGGGUUCGGCUCCUCCUCAUCUGCAGGUUCUGCUACCCCUUCAGCGUCUUCAUUCUCCUUCGCUGGCCCGUCCAGUGGCAAACCCGCUGCUUCGUCUUCAGGAUUCGGCUCAGCUGCAAAUUUCAGCUUCUCCACCACCGCAAACAACAGCAAAGCGCCGUUCGGAAGCGGUUUCGGUUCUGAGGCAGCUGUGGGAAGUUUAUUUGGACAGACUCAUUCCGCCCCACCUGCAUCGGCAGGCUCUGAUGGUCUGUUCACCUCAGAGAGCGAACUGACCCAGGAUGAGCUCGGGCAGUUCAAAGCACAGAGGUUCACUUUGGGCCAGGUUCCUCUGAAGCCGCCUCCUGCUGCGAUUCUUCUGGUUUGAUGCUCUAAUGUAUUAUUCAUACUCAAGUACUAUGUGGCUUUAAGAUAGUUACUUCAAAAUUAGUCCAACCCCAUGAAUUUGUAGACACAUUUUAGUAUAAAUAUAUUGCUAUUUUUGAACAAUUGAAUGAUUCUCCUAGUGUGGCAAUACUCUGGACAAAUAUUUAGUUGGUGAACGCGUACCCUUUGGCAAUGAGUUAUUUCAAGCAUACAGUUAAGGAAUCUGAAAAGGAGUAGGAAGCAACAAGGCCUAUUGCCUCUUCAGAGCCCCUUCAUGGCACAUUAGUGAUAUAUGUUAGCAGGAGAUAACACAAGAAUGUGUCAAAAGCUGUGUUUGGAGAAAUUGCAGAAAAAUAUUUGCACCAUUCCAAAAGAGGCACACAAUCUGCUGGAUAUUUCUAUCUUGUGUGUUUUAAGGAUUGUAAUGUAGUCAUACAUAACCUGUUUGUAUUUGUGCAACGUUUUACAGGAACUCUAUGAUGCAGCCUUUGCGGUUGUCAUGUUGACUGAUGGUCUGAACAUGCAGACCACUGCUUGCUGACGAAUGCCAAUGAGCUGGUUGGGGAUUCAUGGACGGUAUUAAUGUUUGAUGGGGACCUCAUUCCACUCGACCCUCCUUUGGUGCCGCGGUGGAGAACAAAAGGCUUUGCGAGUGCAACGCUUAAUUGUGUUGUGCCAGUGUGGUUGGUCUUUGGGGAGUGGAACAUCGAUCUGAGGCUCCAUAGAUUUAUGUCUGUGACUUUCAGCUUUGGUUUGUCGUGUUCAGGCCCAAGGUUUGUAAUGGCAUCCGUUUUUUAUGCAUUUCUUGACUUCAGAAUAAGAUGACCGGGAAUAUUGGAUGACUCCUCUUUCUUAGGAGCUGUUUUGGGAAAUACUGAAAGUUUUAAAAUUGCUGUAUAGAUAAUAAAACAUUUAUAAGCUUGCAACAUUUAAGAUACUUUUUAAAGCAAGUCAGUGUUGGCAGGUCAGUAGUGUGUGUGAGUUACAGGAAGAAAAGCUCUGACCUGCUUGGAGAGAAGGACUUUCAGUGUCAACUUCUGGUUUGCCUUGAAAAGGUUAGACCAAGAUGACUGGACUUUUAUUGCAUUUUUAAGCAAAUUUUAUGUAUUUUGCCCAACAAUAAGCACUUUCAAUCAUAAAAAUAGCUAAAUUAAUGAAAAUACAAAUAAGGGAUUCAGUAGUAGUAUUCUUCCCUGGUCACUCAGUGUCAGUAAUGUUACUGUAAUGUCCACACAUGUACCAGACUUCAUUGCCAUAACAACAGCCUUUUAUUGCAGCUCUGAACCAUCUCACAGCAUGACAGGAUACCAUGGCGGCUGUAACCCACGUCAAUCUGAAACUCAACUCACUUCCUGUCUGACCGCCACUCAACCUCCCUUGCGAACACAUUUCCAGCUACACACACGAGCACAGGUCAUAAAUAUGUCUAAUUAUUUACUAUUUACUUAUUAUAUUGUCUGCUAUAUAGAGUACUGACCAUAAUAAGCUAUGUUAAUAAUAUAUAUAUAUGGACAAAUUGUGCCUUUAUUAAUGAGGCUGAUGGUAAUUUAACAGUUGUGGUGAACCUGAUGUCCUCAGGGCAUUUCCUGCACCCCUCUGCUGCCCCCA